GACGCGCCGGUCUCUAAACUCUUCCUAGUUUUCUUUCUAGCUUGUGAGUGAGUGACUUUUUAAGUGGUUUUGGAGUUUGCUGCGUCUGUGAGAGCAGCAAGCUGUCAACUUCCCUAGAUGAAUUUGCUUUGGAUGUCAUUGUGAAGCAGAAUUGAUAUGCCACUUGAAUUAAUGAAGCAAGUCAGUGGGGUGCCUGAAGUUCAGCAGCUGAGUAAAUUACACAAGGUAGAUUUCAGAUCUCUACAGCCAGGUUGUGAUUAUAGCAAGAAAUAUAUUCAGGGAAAACUUUCACUUAUCUCUUCUUUAACUUACGGUGGAAAUGGAAGAGCUAUUUUGAAGAUUGGACUUCAAGACAAAGAAAAUUCAGAGGUCAACACCAUCAAUGUAUUAAUUUUUGGGAAAUUAGCAAAGGACUGUGCAAAAGUUUUCUAUGAAGGGGACACCAUUGCAUUGGCUAGGUUUAUUGUUUUGUCAGCAUCUACAAGCAGAGAUACUAAAUGUUGCAUAUUUUUGAAAGCAUUUGAAAACUUCAAAUCAAUUGUUUAUGUUUAUGUCAAAUCUGUGAGAGAUUUUUCUACAGAACCAAUGUCUUUGGUUCCAGCAACAAAUUAUAUAUAUACACCCCUUAAUCAACUUAAAGGUGGUACAAUUGUCAAUGUCUAUGGUGUUGUGAAAUUCUUUAAGCCCCCAUAUCUAAGCAAAGGAACUGAUUAUUGCUCGGUGGUAACAAUUGUGGAUCAGACAAACGUAAAGUUAACUUGCCUGUUUUUUAGUGGAAACUAUGAAGCCCUUCCAAUAAUUUAUAAAAUUGGAGACAUUGUUCGCUUUCACAGGCUUAAGAUUCAGAUAUAUAAAAAUGAGCCUCAGGGUAUCACCAGCUCUGGGUUUGCAUCUUUGACAUUUGAGGGAACCUUGGGAGCUCCUGUCGCACCUCGUACUUCAAGUAAAUGUUUUAACUUCACUGCUGAGGACCACAAAAUGGUAGAAGCACUACGGGUGUGGGCAUCUACACAUAUUUCGCCUUCUUCCAUGUUAGUACAGUUGUGUGAUGUUCAGCCUAUGCAGUAUUUUGACCUGACUUGUCAGCUUGUGGGCAAAGCAGAAGURGAUGGAGCUUCAUAUCUUCUAAAGGUAUGGGAUGGUACCAGGACACCAUUCCCAUCUUGGAGAGUUUUAAUACAAGACCUUGUUCUUGAAGGUGAUUUAACUCAUAUUCAUCGGCUACAAAAUCUGACAAUAGACAUUUUAGUCUAUGAUAACCAUGUUCGAGUUGCAAAAUCCCUGAAGGUUGGAAGCUUUCUUAGGAUCUAUAGCCUCCAUACCAAACUACAAUCAGUGAAUUCGCAGAGCCAGGCAUCAUUGUUAAGCCUAGAGUUUCAUCUCCAUGGAGGUACUAGUUAUGGUCGAGGAAUCAGGGUCUUGCCAGAAAGUAACUCGGAUGUGGACCAACUGAAAAAAGCUUUAGAAUCUGCAGAUUUGACAGCUACUCAGCGUUCAGAUAUUAUCUUUCAAUCAGAACAUGAGGACAGCUUUCCAGCCCUUUCAAGCUCUGGAUCAGUAUCACUAUAUGAAGUAGAAAGAUGCCAACAGCUGUCUGCUACAAUACUUACAGAUCAUCAGUAUUUGGAGAAAACACCAUUAUGUGCCAUUUUGAAACAAAAAGCUCCUCAACAAUAUCGAAUCCGAGCAAAACUGAGAUCCUAUAAGCCCAGAAAACUUUUUCAGUCUGUCAAACUUCAUUGUCCUAAAUGUUAUUCACUGCAAGAAGUUCCACAUGAGGGCAAUUUGGAUAUAAUUUUGCAAGAUGCUGCAACUCAAUCCCCAGAUAACAAACUACAAAAUACAUCAUUAUAUGAUUCAGAGAUCUGGACCACCAAAGACCAAGGAGGACGAAAAGUAGUUGUUCAUUUUGUGAAAAAUAAUGGUAUUCUUCCACUUUCAAAUGAAUGUCUGGUUUUGAUAGAAGGAGGUAUGCUUGGUGAAAUAUUUAAACUCUCAAACAAGUUUCACAGUGUAAUUCCUGUGAGAUCUGGCCCCGAAGACCUGGAACUCCUAGAUCUUUCAGCACCAUUUCUUAUACAAGGAAAAGUGUUUUACUACGGAUGUAAACAGUGUUCUACUUUGAGACCCAUACAAAAUCUAAAUUCUGUUAUCGAUAAAACAUCAUGGAUUCCUUCUUCGGUGGCAGAAGUACUGGGUAUUGUACCCCUUGAGUAUGUAUUUGUUAUGACAUUUACUUUUGAUGAUGGAACUGGAGUAUUAGAAGCUUAUCUCAAGGAUUCAGAAAAAUUCUUCCAGAUUCCAGCAUCAGAAAUCUUAAUUGAUGAUGACCUUCAAAAAAAUAUGGAUAUGAUCAUGGAUAUGUUUUGCCCUUCAGGGAUAAAAAUUGAUGCAUAUCCAUGGUUGGAAUGUUUCAUCAGAUCUUACAGUGUCACAAAUGGAAUGGAGCAGCAAAUUUGCUAUCAAAUUUUUGACACCACAGUUGCAGAAGAUCUUAUCUAAUAUUGCCAUUCAACUUAGCCUAAGUAAAAUACCGUAAAUUAAAAAGCAAAAGUUAAUACUUUUUAUGAAGUUCUUGCAAAACAAGGAAGACAUUUUGCUGUUACUCAAAUAACAGUCACAUUUUCAUUCUUACUACUAUUUUAAAUUUUUUUUAAUAGACAUUUUGUGAUCUUAACGCCUUCUUUUGAGUAUGUUAAAAUGUGCUUGUUGCUCAGAAUAUCCACAUGAUGACUGCCAGGGACAUAAAAGGAAAAUUGAAUAAAUAAAGACUAGUCUUUCAUUUGAUUUUUGCAGUCGCUGCAGAGAAGCCUGUUUUAUUACCCUAAACUAAAAAUCAGUUUUUCUAUGGCAUUUUUCAWGUAUCAACCACUGAUUUCUGUGCUAUAUACUAUUCCUUAAUGGCUUCUUUUCCUACCUGAUUUUUGUAUCAGCAGCCUUGAUUAUGUUAAUAUGGGUGUGAGGUUAGGAAAUAUCCUUACCUUCAGUCUCAGCUUUCACUAAAUGCAAGCUAUUGGUUUUAUUUUGAUUUGUUUUUUGUACAGAGAGAUCCGCUUUACCAAGUUCUGCUUAAAGAAGUAUUUGUCAGAGUGAACCACAGUUCAGUAAAAGUAUGAUUUACUUUAACUGUAUUUAACAAAAAUGCUUUAUUUCAGUUGUGAUAUUGAUCAUUUUAGGGUAAAUCUAUUUCUUUAGACCUGAAUUAUGUGUCUUGAUUGCUUGUUUCUCUCCAUGAUACUAAAACAUUUUCCAUUCCACACCAACAUAAUAAAGUGAUCAGAUUAAUGUUAAUGACUUAUUUAUAUUAUAUACAUUUUCAAUAGUAUUAUGUAAAAUAUACACAUAUUAGAAUUUUUAACUAAUUGAAUGUGAUGUUAACUCAGUAUAAUAGUCUGCUUUUUACCUGACACUAUUUGUCAAGUGUAAAAUCAUGAAUAUUUAAUUUCAUACAAAUAUUCCCAUGUAUUUGUAUGUAUGGAUAGAUUUGUCUGUUUGCUAAUGACUGACAAAUACCUAUCUGCCUAGUUCAGUAUAGUGAAGAAUAAAUAAAUGCACACAUUUCGUUGGUUUCAUUAUUUGCUGUACAUUAAGUGGUAGCAUGAUAAUGAUGAAGCAAAGAAUCAGAGCAACGUAGUAGAUACUAGGCACUAUAUACCAGGCACCAUCAAUCAUUUAACAUGUCUUUGAACCCCUGAACAAUGCAUUUUUUUUAAUAAGAAAACUUGAAUCCUGAUAGAUAAACUAACUUGUCAAGUUCAUACAAUUCCUAAGUGCUGGAGUCAGUAUUUGUGUUUUAUUAUCUAUUUGGAGCCUUUACUGCUAACCACUCCAGUAUUCUGAAACAAAAGAUACCAUGGGCUAUUCUGCAUUAAAUCCUGCUUUUAAAUACCUAAAAGAGAAGUAGAUUAUAAAAGAAGUCAAUGUGUUUUCCUGAACUCUCAAGAGGCUUUUGAUACCUUGUUGGCAAAAGGCAUUGGAUACAUUAACACAUUUCUAUACCUGGUUACAAAUUCCAUGUUUUAAACAGUGAGAGACUCGUGACCAGUGCUGCUGUUUUUUAGAGAUACAAACUCUUGGUUCAAAACAUCCUCAGGGAAAAUACUUUAAAACCCUACAAUUGAAUGGAUGUAUUUCAGUACUGCUGAUAUGCUAGGGAUACAAAGGUGGGGUAGACAUUUUUUCUUCCUUCAGGAAACACCCAGUCUAAAAGAGUAGGGUUCAAAUGUUGUCAUGUGUUUACACUGUGAACCUAUGUGUUCUCCCAUUUUACAAAUGAAAAU